AUGGUCGUCGAUUGGGUCGCGGGAGGAGUGAACCUUCCGCCGCUAGCGAAAGGUUCGGCCCUCCGCGUGAGCUUUUUAAAGCUGAAGGAGAGCAUCUAUGAGGAGGUUAAGGACGAGGCUUUGAGUGUUGUACGAGGAAUGGAGCACGGUGUCGCAGGAGUUCUUUGGCAAUUCUCCUACGACGAGAACUUCUCGCCGGAGAGAGCCAAGGGCUUCACGCUCGCUUCGCUCGCGGUUUUUCCUGAGCGGGAGGAGUUACAGAGUGUGGAGUUGGACGAGGGGUUGGGGGUGGUUGUGGAGGAUGUGGUGGUUGUUGACUAUGUGGUGCCUUAG